CACUCCUCUCUGCCCUUUCAGCAUCUCGACUAGUCCGCUACUUUCAUUUCUCCUCUUUGCCAAUCCUAAUUAUAUAUCUACUUCUCUUCCUCCGCCAACCUCGAUCCCUCCUCUCUCUCUCUCUCUCUCUGCGAAAACCCACUUCCCUUCUUUACCUAUGGAGGCCUCUAUAGCUCUCUCUCGCAUAGGCCUUGCUGGCCUCGCUGUCAUGGGUCAGAAUCUGGCCCUCAAUAUCGCCGAGAAGGGCUUCCCCAUCUCCGUCUACAACCGAACUGCCUCCAAGGUUGAUGAGACAAUCCAACGCGCCCACAACGAGGGACCUUUCCCUUUAUCUGGUCACUACUCUCCUCGUGAUUUCGUUCUUUCUAUUCAACGGCCUAGAUCUGUCAUCAUCCUGGUCAAAGCCGGUGCCCCUGUUGACCAGACCAUCUCCGCUUUGUCGGAGCACAUGGAGGCCGGCGAUUGUAUCAUUGAUGGUGGUAACGAAUGGUAUCAGAAUACUGAGCGCCGAAUCCACGAAGUUAAAGAAAGGGGCAUUCUUUAUUUGGGUAUGGGAGUGUCUGGCGGCGAGGAAGGUGCCCGUUACGGUCCUUCUCUGAUGCCUGGUGGGUCUUUUGAAGCUUAUAAUAAUAUUAAGGAUAUAUUGCAGAAAGUAGCUGCCCAGGUAGAAGAUGGGCCGUGUGUCACUUAUAUUGGUGAAGGGGGUUCCGGGAAUUUUGUUAAGAUGGUGCAUAAUGGGAUAGAGUAUGGUGAUAUGCAGCUGAUUUCGGAGGCCUACGAUGUGUUAAAGAAUGUGGGCGGAUUGUCCAACGCGGAGUUGGCGGAGAUUUUCGCGGAGUGGAACAGGGGAGAGCUAGAGAGCUUUCUGAUUGAGAUUACAUCGGAUAUCUUCAGGGUUAAGGAUGAGCAUGGUGAGGGGGAAUUGGUUGAUAAGAUUUUGGAUAAGACCGGAAUGAAAGGAACUGGGAAAUGGACCGUGCAGCAAGCUGCAGAGCUUUCUGUUGCGGCACCAACCAUUGCAGCUUCUUUGGAUUGUAGGUACUUGAGUGGAUUGAAAGAGGAGAGAGAAAGCGCUGCCGAGGCUUUGAAGGAGGCUGGAUUAAAGGAGGAAGUGGUGGCUGUUAAGAGUGGUAUUGAUAAGAAGAGAUUGAUUGAUGAUGUGAGGCAAGCAUUGUAUGCUUCCAAGAUUUGUAGUUACGCCCAAGGGAUGAACCUUUUGAGGGCCAAGAGUAAUGAGAAAGGAUGGAAUUUGAAUUUGGGGGAGUUGGCCAGGAUUUGGAAAGGUGGUUGUAUUAUAAGAGCAGUAUUUUUGGAUAGGAUUAAGAAGGCAUAUCAGAGGAAUCCCAAUUUGGCUAGCUUAGUUGUGGACCCUGAAUUUGCUAGAGAGAUGGUGCAGAGGCAGGCAGCAUGGAGAAGAGUUGUGGGUCUGGCUAUUUCAGCUGGAAUUAGCACACCAGGAAUGUGUGCCAGUCUUGCUUACUUUGAUACCUAUAGGCGCGCUAGGCUACCUGCAAAUCUCGUUCAGGCCCAGAGGGACUUGUUUGGAGCUCAUACUUAUGAAAGGAUUGAUCGCCCAGGGUCAUUCCAUACUGAGUGGACAAAACUUGCUCGCAAGAGCAAUGCUGGUGUUGGUGCUUUCAACUGAGUUUUUCAUGGCUUGGUUGCUUCUAUAUUUCUCUUUGGUGUUGAUUAUGUUUCUUUUUGAAUUAGGGUUGUAUGUCUCAUUAAAAAUUCUCUUGCCUAGGCGGAGCAAUGAUUGGUUAACCUCAGUUUUUACUUUUAAUAAGAAAUGCAUGCCUUUUGGCAUCUAUAAGAUGUUCUUCCCUUUGAAUUAAACUGGAAAGAGUUUCUUUUUUCUUUUA